AUGUCCGCCAACGAGACGUCGGUUAUUGAUCCUCUGGAUGCAGUCGACUAUGAUCCCAUUGCGCAUCUAAACGGCAUCUUCUCCCACCCGUCCAGCCUUUCCUCGGUCUCGCAAACCUCCGAAGCCCUCCGCAAAUACCAAAAUGAGCUGGACACCGAUAUCGCACGACUGGUAGAGGAACAGGUCACUUCCAAUGCAGAGAGUGUGCAACGUAUCCAGGCCGCCAAGGCGGACCUGUCGGAGCUGUUCAAGAAGAUAGACGAUGUGCGAGAACGUGCCUCUAGGACAGAGCAAUCGAUCACGGAUAUGACAGCGGAUAUCAAACAGCUGGAUAAUGCGAAGAAGAAUUUGACAGUUUCAAUGACGGCGCUGAAGCGUUUGCAGAUGUUGACGACCGCCUACGAACAGUUACGAGCAUUAGCGAAGACGAGGCAGUAUCGGGAUUGCGCGCAAUUACUUCAGGCGGUGAUUCAACUCAUGGCUCAUUUCAAAUCCUACAGGUCGAUAGACCAAAUAGCCGUCUUGAGUAGGAAUGUGGCGGAUGUUCAGCGCGAGCUUCUUGAACAGGUCUGUGAGGAUUUCGAGAUCACAUUCGCCAAAGGGGAAGUUGUACAGAGACGAGUGAUGCUUGCGGAAGCGUGUCUGGUUAUGGAUGCUUUGGGGGAUAAUGCGCGGUCGAGAUUGACAACCUGGUAUUGCAAUACCCAACUUCGAGAAUAUCGGCAAGUCUUCCGUGGCAAUGAGGAGGCUGGAUCUUUAGAUAAUAUAUCUCGGCGCUACUCUUGGUUUAAAAGGAUGAUGAAAACAUAUGACGAAGAGCAUGCAAAUAUCUUCCCGGCGACAUGGAGAGUUAAUGAAGUACUGGCGAAUGCUUUCUGUGAAUCUACCCGAGAUGAUUUUAAGGGUAUAUUGUCAAGGUCCGUUAGGAGUGGGCAGACAAUAGAUGUCAACCUUUUACUUUCAUGCCUACAGGAAACUCUGGACUUUGAGCAUUCCCUAGAUCGAAGGUUUGCACAGACAUCAAGAGCUUCCAUGGACACGGUGGCAUCUUCGAUUGAGUCCCCUUUCUCUAUACAGAGCAUAUCCGAAGCUUUSGAGCCAUAUCUGGGGGUCUGGGUUGAAGCACAAGACAAGCAAUUGGCUGCUUUGCUGCCUAAAUAUCGACAACAGCCGUUGAAGCGCGAGGACGAAGAAUUUCAUGCCCAGCUUGUCAUUUCGUCCUCCACAGAGCUGUUCACUUUCUACCGACAUUCACUUGCACAGUGCGCAAAGCUUUCUACGGGUAACAGUCUAGCCGAGUUAUCGAAAGUGUUUGCAAAAUACCUGGAUCAAUAUGCACAGCAGGUACUUCUUCAUUACAUCAGUGAGCGGGCGACGACCCAGCCGCCAUCCAAAGUACCUUCGAUUGAGGAUCUUAUUUUGGUGCUCAAUACGGCAGAUUAUUGCUAUACUACUAGCACUCAAUUAGAAGAGAAGAUCAAGGGACGAAUUGAUGAGAAAUUCAGAAACUCUGUUGAUUUCGAGAGCCAAGCCGACGCUUUUAUGGGAAUUGCUAGCGCUGCUGUUCGAGGGCUGGUCCGAAAACUUGAAGUUCAACUUGAGCCGUGUUGGCGUGAAAUGCGAAACUUUCCUUGGAAUAAACUGGAGAACGUUGGCGAUCAAAGCCCCUAUGUUGGGGAGCUACUUUCAAAGACUAAGACGCAAGCAGAGGAUAUCUUACAGUCUCUUCACAAGCAGCAGUAUGCAAGAGCAUUUGCCGAUAAUACUGUCGAAUUCAUAUCGAACACUUUUAUCACUACUGUCUAUUCAUGUCGACCAGUUUCUGAAACAGGCGCUGAGCAGAUGCUACUCGAUCUCUAUACUUUGAAAAGUGGCCUAACGUCGUUGCUUCCUUCUCCUGCACCUCCCGGUUUUGUGAAGCGAGUCAACUCAAGCUUCACAAAAGUUGACUGUCUUCUAAAGACAGUCCAAGUCCGUCCAUCACCACCCGAAGCCUUGGUUCAAGCGUACCUCAUCCACAUUGCGGACCGAAGCGAGCCCAACUUCCGUCGAGUUUUGGAAAUCAAGGGUAUACGAACCAAGCAGGACCAGAGCCAACUCGUUGAACUAUUCAACUUACACCGAGCAUCGGACCGUCACGCCCCAAAUCUACAGCAGAGUAACCCACUAUUUGCCUUCUUACAGCCUUCGGCAUCAGCGUCAGGCCCCAGUGGACCAGGCUUAACCGUCUCUCAGGGAUUGAGCAAUUUGGGUACGACUGCAGCCACAUCGAUCACCGGACCCGGUCGCUUUGAUCCGUCCACUCUCGGCUCUGCUAUUAUAUCUGCUGCAAGGGACGGCGUUGAACGAUUCCCGCUUGGCUCUGCUACCGGGCACACGGGCUCUGGUCCCACCUCGCCCGGACCGGAGGGACAACGUGUAAUCCAUGAUGGCUUUGACGUAAACGGUGCUUCUACGCCUUCUUCGGCAACUACGCAACUGAAUGAGAAUCUGAAGAAUAUUGGCAAAUUCUUCCGACGUGACCUCGGAGGUUUUGGUGGGAGGUUUGGUCGAUCGGGUGAUGAUUCUAAUCGGUAA